CAUAGGAAAAAAAGUCGCCCGGAUGUCCGUCGACGAGGACUUUAAAAAACUUAUCAAGUGCCUUAAAACUAUGCUAACGAACGUUUUUGAUGCGAAGACAGCCAACAAAAUCGAAAAUAAUAUUAUUAAGACCUUAGUAAAAGCACACUUUCUCACGCUCGACGGAAAGCUGAAGGAGGACUGGUGGCUCGAAUUGGAUAAGGGGCUUCGCAGCGCUUUUGAGACUGUAGUUCGCAUCUGUGACACAGUCAACAGCGGACGGACUAUUCCUGAAAGCACACUCGCCGAGCAACUCGCUGGUAUCCAAGCUGACUUGCGAAACGUCGGGAGACUCCUUCACGCUCGCCUUCUCCCUUUUGUGCGCCCAAAGUCUCUCAGUCGCGUAGCUUACUGUUUCAACGCCUUCGCUAAUAUUGUUUUCUUGCGCGCCGUGCUCAUUGACUGUGCCCCUUCUGUUAAACCAGACGCCUUAGAACUCCAAUACGCGGUGGAGCGCUAUUUAACUAUAAACUGGUAAUGAGACAUAAAGAACUAUUAAAAGCGCACUUUGUUUGCUACUUUGUAAUCGCACAUCACUGGAAUCCAUUCCUUAUACGUGCAAUUUUAAUAAAUUAAUAUUUAAAAUA